AUGCUCUCUAAUGCGCUCUCUCACACACUCUCUCACGCGCUCUCUCACGCGCACUCUCACGCGUACUCUCACGCGCUCUCUCACGCGCUCUCUCACGCGCUCUCUCACGCGCUCGCUCACGCGCUCGCUCACGCGCUCUCUCACGCGCUCUCACGCACUCUCUCACGCACUCUCUCACGCGCUCUUUUAUGCGUCUCUCACGCGCUCUCUCACGCGCUCUCUCAUGUGCUUUCUCACGUGCUGUCUCUCACGCACUCACUCAUGCGCUCUCUCACGCGCUCUCUCACGCGCUCCUUCACGCGCACUCUCACGUGCACUCUCACGCGCACGCGCUCUCUCAUGGCCUCUCUCACGCGCUCUCUCACACGCUCUCUCACGUGCGCUCUCUCACGCGCUCUCUCACGCGCUCUCUCACGCGCUCUCUCACGCUCAUUCUCACGCUCUCUCUCACGCACUCCCUCACGCGCACUCUCACGCGCAUUCUCACGCGCACGCGCUCUCUCAUGGGCUCUCUCACGCACUCUCUCACGCGCUCUCUCAUGGGCUCUCUCACGCGCUCUCUCACUUGCACUCACUCACAUGUCCUCUAAUGCGCUCUCUCACGCGCACUCUCACGCGUACUCUCACGCGCUCUCUCACGCGCUCUCUCACGCGCUCUCUCACGCGCUCGCUCACGCGCUCUCUCACGCGCUCUCUCACGCGCUCGCUCACGCGCUCGCUCACGCGCUCUCUCACGCGCUCUCACGCACUCUCUCACGCACUCUCUCACGCGCUCUUUUAUGCGUCUCUCACGCGCUCUCUCACGCGCUCUCUCAUGUGCUUUCUCACGUGCUGUCUCUCACGCACUCACUCAUGCGCUCUCUCACGCGCUCUCUCACGCGCUCCUUCACGCGCACUCUCACGUGCACUCUCACGCGCACGCGCUCUCUCAUGGCCUCUCUCACGCGCUCUCUCACACGCUCUCUCACGUGCGCUCUCUCACGCGCUCUCUCACGCGCUCUCUCACGCUCAUUCUCACGCUCUCUCUCACGCACUCCCUCACGCGCACUCUCACGCGCAUUCUCACGCGCACGCGCUCUCUCAUGGGCUCUCUCACGCACUCUCUCACGCGCUCUCUCAUGGGCUCUCUCACGCGCUCUCUCACUUGCACUCACUCACAUGUCCUCUAAUGCGCUCUCUCACGCGCUCUCUCACGCGCUCUCUCACGCGCUCUCUCAUGGGCUCUCUCACUCGCACUCUCACGCGCUCUCUCACGUGCUCUCUCUCACGCACUCACUCACAUGUCCUCUAAUGAGCUCUCUCACGCGCUCUCUCAUGCGCUCUCUCAUGCACUCUCUCAUGCGCUCUCUCAUGCGCUUUCUCAUGGGCUCUCUCUCACGCACUCACUCAUGCGCUCUGUCACGCGCUCUCAUGCGCUCCCUCACGCGCGUGCUCCCUCGCGCGCACUCUUACACGCACGCGCUCUCUCAUGGGCUCUCUCACACGCUCUCUCACGCACUCUCUCACGUGCGCUCUCCCAUGCGCUCUCUCACGUGCUCGCUCACGCGCUCUCUCACGUGCUCUCUCUCACGCACUCCCUCACUUACACUCAAACCCCCACCCACACUGACCCGCGCACCCACACUCACCUACGCACUCACACUCACCCCCGCACCCACACUCACCCAUGCACUCACAUUCACCUGCGCACUCACACUCACCCGAGCAGUCACACUCACCUCCGCACUCACUCUCACCUCCGCACUCACACUCACCCCCGCACUCACACACACUCACCCCUCCACUCACACUCACCCGCGCACUCACCCGUCGAGUCCUGUAAGGGGGCGGAGCCGGAGUCCGCCGUUCAGGCGCGGAAGCCCCCGCGGGCGGAGCCCUCCGCCGAGAAGCCCGGACCUGGACGACGAGUCAAGGAACCCUGGAAACAACUUGUACGUGACCGGCCUGUCCAUGCGGACGGCAGAGGCGGAGCUGGAGAAGCAUUUCGCGAAGGAAGGAAAGGUGGCGGAGUGCAGGCUGGUCCUUGACCCGCGCACCAAGGAGUCUCGCGGCUUCGCGUUCGUCACCAUGGAGAACGUCGACGACGCGCGCCGCUGCCUCAAGUACCUCGACCGCUCCAUCCUCGAAGGCCGCGUCAUCACCGUCGCGCUCGCGAAGAGAAAGCGCGCUCGAACCCCAACUCCUGGCAAGUUCCUGGGCACUCGUAGCCUGAAGGAGGCUGUUGUGGUUGGCGGUGACCGCAGUUAUGGUGGCGACAGGGAGUUCAAUCCCCGCCGAUCAUCACCAGACUACCAGCCCUACCGCCGAGACAGAUCACCGGAUUAUGGCCCCUAUCGUGGAGCAGGUUACAGGUAA